AAACGCAACCGCCAGCAGACAAAAAGGUAGAAGCGUUAGGUAGUUCAACCAGUUGGUGCGAGGUGCUCGAACGCGACGGUACAAAGCUCUUUAUAUUGUGGAAAAAUCAGCGAAAACGAAACCGUACGAUCUUUUGAACUUCAAAAAAAAAAAGGUUAGCAGCUAACUAGCUGCGCGAAGGCCAGUGUUCAAUUUGACAAAUUACUUAUUUUGUUACAAACAUUUCAUGCUUAUCCAGAUAUUAUAACAAAACGCAAUUUUAUCAAGAAAAAGCAAAGUGUGUUAAGUGUUUAAUCCUGCUUUGAAGAUCAAAAUGACAGAUAGUGGCAAUCAUCCUAUGGAUGAGUUUUGCGGCUCAGAAUUUUGGAGCGCAAAUCAAACUUGGUGGACCAGUGACCCAGAUUUUACAAAAUGCUUUGAAAAGACUGUUCUAGUAUGGGCCCCAUGUGCAUUUUUGUGGGCUUUCUCCAUAUUCGAUUUUUACUACCUGAAAGCAAGUUUAGAUAAGAACAUCCCUUGGAACAAACUUAACAUAAGCAAAUUGGUUUUGAAUAGUGCUUUGCUUAUUCUUUCGGCAACCGACUUUAUUGUCGCUUUAGUAAAGAAGGGUGAUGAGGCUACAGCCUCGUUAAUAUAUCCUGUUGAUAUCUGGGGUCCUAUUAUAAAAUUUGCCACUUUUUUGUUGCUGUUCAUUUUUAUACCUCUGAAUCGAAAAUAUGGUGUGCAGACGUCCGGCGCACAAUUUCUUUUCUGGUUCCUGCUUGUAAUAUUCGCAAUUCCUCAAUGCCGCACCGAAGUGCGUGCAAGUAAUGAGCGAAGUAAGAUAUUGAACUCUGACGUUGCAGACAAACCUGACUAUUCGUGGGAUGAAUACAAUUAUGUUAGUUACAUGAUUUAUUUCGCACUUUCUUGCGCAAUGCUAUUGCUGAACUGUUUUGCCGAUGCCAUGCCCAGAGAAACUAAAUACAAACGGACGAAUAACGAAAUACCGGAAAGUUCGGCAAGUUUCUUGUCUCGCGUGACAUACACUUGGUUCGAUGGUAUGGCGUGGAGGGGUUAUCGAAAUCCAUUAGUGGAGAAAGACUUAUGGGAUUUGCGUCCACAAGACAGCUGUAAAGAAAUCAUGCCAAUAUUCGCGUACUAUUGGAAUAAAAGUGUGCACAAAAACUAUAAGAGCCAAACACCACCACAGCCCAAGGCGCAGUAUAGUAAUGGAAAAGUGGAAUUUGAAAACCCCCAUGGGCGUUCAGAAGAGAAGAAAAAAAUCACAUCCAUAAUGCCACCUAUUAUUAAAUCAUUUGGAGGAGUAUUUUUGUUUGGUUCAUUACUGAAAUUUAUCUGUGAUUUACUGGCAUUUGCGCAACCUCAAGUGCUCAGUUUAAUUAUAGGUUUUGUGGAAGAUUACGCCGACGAAAAUGCCGAAAGACAACCCGAAUGGAAGGGUAUUUUCUAUGCUAUGCUCCUGUUCAUUACAGCUGCUGCACAAACAUUUAUCCUGGGACAAUAUUUCCAUCGCAUGUUCGUCGUUGGCUUGCGCAUUCGUACUGCACUUAUAAAUGCUAUCUACCGCAAAGCUUUAGUUAUAUCAAAUGCAACACGCAAAGAAUCGACAGUGGGUGAAAUUGUCAAUUUAAUGGCUGUAGAUGCGCAACGUUUUAUGGAUUUAACAACGUACAUAAAUAUGAUAUGGUCAGCGCCGUUACAAAUUGCCUUAGCCAUGUACUUUUUGUGGCUCCAACUCGGACCUUCCGUAUUGGCCGGUCUUGCUGUGAUGAUCAUUCUAAUUCCUGUUAAUGGUGUUAUAGCCAAUCGCAUUAAAGUAUAUCAGAUCAGACAAAUGAAGUAUAAGGAUGAACGUGUCAAACUAAUGAACGAAGUGCUCAGCGGCAUAAAGGUGCUUAAAUUAUAUGCUUGGGAGCCAAGUUUCGAAAAUCAAGUGCUGCAAAUCCGUGAGAAGGAAAUAGAAACUCUAAAAGCCGCCGCAUACUUAAACGCCGGCACCUCGUUCCUAUGGUCAUGUGCCCCCUUCUUGGUGUCAUUGGUCACAUUCGGUACAUAUGUUUUAAUUGAUGAAAACAAUGUUCUCGAUGCAACUAAAAUAUUCGUUUCAUUAUCAUUAUUCAACAUUUUGCGCUUUCCAUUAAUAAUGUUGCCCAUGUUGAUAACCAACAUGGUUCAAACUCAAGUUUCUGUGAAACGUAUUAAUAAAUUCAUGAAUAGCGAGGAAUUGGAUCCAAACAGUGUCCAGCAUGAUCCCAAAGAAGCCGAUCCAAUGGUCAUCAGAAAAGGUGCCUUCUCUUGGGGUGGUGGCGAACAGACGUUGAAAAACAUCGAUUUGACAGUGAAAAAAGGCACAUUGUGCGCUGUUGUCGGUACAGUUGGUUCCGGCAAAUCUUCACUUAUACAUGCGCUGCUUGGUGAGAUGGACAAAUUGUCGGGUCGCGUAAACACAGUUGGCACCAUUGCCUAUGUGCCGCAACAGGCUUGGAUCCAGAAUGCCACACUACGUGAUAACAUUCUAUUUGGCUUAGAAUACGAUCGUAAACGUUAUAAUCGUGUAAUAGAUGCGUGUGCAUUACGUGCCGAUAUCGACAUGCUGUCAGCAGGCGAUCAAACUGAAAUCGGUGAAAAAGGCAUUAAUUUAUCUGGUGGUCAGAAACAGCGUAUCUCUUUGGCGCGUGCCGUCUACAGCAAUGCUGACUUGUACCUACUUGAUGAUCCAUUAAGUGCUGUAGACUCACAUGUGGGCAAACAUAUAUUCGAAGAGGUGAUUGGACCGAAUGGUCUGUUGGCGAAAAAGACACGUGUACUAGUCACGCAUGGCAUUACGUUCUUGCCGCAAACAAACAAUAUAUAUGUGAUGAAAUUGGGUGAAAUUAGCGAAAGUGGCACCUAUCAAGAAUUGUUGGCGGGCAAAGGCGCUUUUGCGGAAUUCAUUAUACAACAUCUGCAAGAGUCCCCUGAUGAAGGUGAUUUAGAUGAGAUUAAACAACAAUUGGAGGGUACCAUCAAAUCGGAAGAACUGCUAGGCACAUUCGAAAAGGCCAUUUCCUUAGCACGUACUGAAAGUUUGUCAGAUUCUGUUUCUGUGAAGUCGCUGGAGAGCAGUAGAGGUAGUUUACGGCGCCGCAAUAUUGGUCGUCAAGACUCACAGGCUUCAGCAAUUUCAACAUUGUCGCAAAAUAAGACUGACGUGGACGAGGGUAAACUAAUUGAAACCGAAAAAUCAGAAACUGGUGGUGUACAAAUGCAUGUUUACAAGCAUUAUAUUAAAAGUGUUGGCAUUUUCCUAUCACUUGCUACCCUCGGUUUGAACUUCAUCUAUCAAGCAUUUUCGAUUGGCUCUAAUUUGUGGUUGACAAAAUGGUCGAAUGACAGGAAUGUGGAAAACGACACGGGGCUGCGUGAUAUGUACUUGGGCGUUUAUGGCGCUUUCGGUUUUGGUCAAGGCGUGUUCGCUUAUUUCGCCGUCGUACUGGUAUACACUGGCACACUCAAGGCGGCCAAGGAGCUCCACAAUGAUCUGCUUAAGUUUAUAAUGCGCGCACCGAUUUGCAAUUUCUUCGAUAUCACGCCACUAGGACGUCUUCUGAAUCAUUUCAGCGGUGAUAUGGAAGUGAUCGAUGAAGAAUUACCCGGCACACUGGAUAGUUUCUUUACAAUAAUUUUUAUGGUUAUGGCCACUAUUGUGGUGAUCAGCAUGUCGACGCCGAUUUUCUUGGCAGUCAUUGUGCCCAUAGGCUUGCUAUAUUAUUUUGCGCAACGAUUCUAUGUUGCCUCUUCGCGUCAAUUGAUGCGUCUGGAAUCGGUGUCGCGUUCGCCAAUUUACACGCACUUCAAUGAAACGAUCACUGGCGUAACGACCAUACGUGCUUAUUCAGUACAAGAUCGCUUUAUCGAUGAAUCUGACAAUCGCGUGGACAAAAAUCAAGUCUGCAAAUAUCCUUCAUUAAUCGCAAAUAGAUGGCUAGCUAUACGUCUAGAAAUGGUCGGCAAUCUAAUUAUUCUCUUCGCAGCACUUUUUGCCGUAUUAAAUGGUCAAUCGAAUGCUGGCCUUGUCGGUCUAUCUGUGAGUUAUUCUUUGCAAGUGACGCAAACGCUCAAUUGGUUGGUGCGCAUGACUUCCGAUAUUGAAACAAAUAUCGUGGCUGUGGAGCGUAUUAAGGAGUAUGGUGAAACAAAACAGGAGGCACCAUGGGAAUUGGAAAACUCGAAAGUACCACGCGAUUGGCCAGUGGAAGGUCAGGUGGUAUUUGAGAAUUUCAAAGUGCGUUACCGUGAAGGUCUGGAUUUGGUUUUGCGUGGCAUUAACUUUACCAUCAGCGGUGGUGAGAAAGUUGGUAUAGUCGGUCGUACAGGUGCUGGCAAAUCCAGUUUAACGCUGUCUCUGUUCAGAAUUAUCGAGUCAGCCGGUGGCCGCAUUUUAAUAGACGGUGUAGAUAUUGCUACAUUGGGCCUGCAUAUGCUACGCUCUCGACUCACAAUCAUACCACAAGAUCCAGUCCUAUUCUCAGGUACACUGCGCAUCAAUUUGGACCCAUAUGAAGUGAAAUCGGACGAUGAACUAUGGAAAGCGCUGGAAUUAUCUCAUUUAAAAACUUUUAUUAAAACACUUCCUGCCGGCUUGAAUCACGAGAUUAGUGAAGGUGGUGAGAAUUUAUCUGUGGGUCAGCGUCAGUUAGUGUGUCUGGCGCGUGCUUUAUUGCGUAAAACGAAAGUGUUGGUGCUUGAUGAAGCUACAGCUGCUGUAGAUUUAGAAACAGAUGAUUUGAUACAGAAAACUAUUCGUUCGGAAUUCAAAGAAUGCACUGUGCUAACAAUUGCCCACCGUUUGAAUACUAUAAUGGACUCUGAUAAGGUGAUCGUUUUAGACAAGGGUGAAGUAUCUGAGUUUGCUUCACCUGCGGAACUACUAAAUAAUCCCAAAUCGGCAUUCUACAGCAUGGCAAAGGAUGCCAAUCUAGUGUAAAUGUAUUAUUUAGUUAUCACCUUUUUCGUUAUGAAGAAUUUCGUUUAGUUUAUGCGAGUUAAAGUUAACAUUAUUGAAUACGUUAUUAUAAGCAAACACUCAAACAAACAUAACAGUAAAAAUAAUACAAAAAACAAACAAUUAAUAUACAUAUAUACAUGUAUAUAUACGUUCACAUCACUA